AUGUCGUCGCCAUUCGAGGCACCUAAAAAUGCUAUAUAUAUCAUUUUGGGUGAAAUUCAAGCGUUGACAUCAUCAAGAAAGAAUAGUCUUCGAUGGUCAACAACACAUUCCUAUGAAGAAUCUCCUGAAAUGAAUUCGUUUCAAAAACUAAAAACAAUUCUUAAUACCGUAUCAGAUCUUCAAGAUAUUGAUUCCAAUACAUUUUUAACACCAUUUCUUGAUAUAAUUCGUUCCGAUGAAACAUCUGGCCCAAUAACAUGUUUGGCAUUAAAUGCUGUUAAUAAAUUUCUCUCAUAUGGUCUUAUUGAUACUCAAAGUGAAUCAGCAUCGUCAGCUAUUGAUAAAGUUGCAAACGCUGUAACACAUACACGUUUUGUUGGAACAAAUCCAAAUAAUGAUGAAGUUGUUUUAAUGAGAAUUUUACAAGUUCUUCGUUCAUUAUUACUCAGUCCAGCUGGAUCAAAAAUAACAAAUGAUAGUGUAUGUGAGAUUCUUCAAUCAUGUUUUCGUAUUUGUUUUGAAAUAAGAUUGUCAGAAUUAUUACGUAAAACAUCAGAACAUGUUUUAAUUGAUAUGGUUCAAUUAUUAUUUGCACGAUUACCACAAUUUAAAGAUGAUACAACAUCUUCAACAUUAACGAAACGACUUCAUACACGAGGUAUAACAACGACAGGAACAAAUGAUACAACGCAUAAUCGACGUCGAUCUCAACGAGUUAGUUCGUCAUCAAUGAAAAAGGAGCAAAUUAACGAAUCUCAAAUAAAUGAAUCAACAUCACCUUCAUCAGAACGAAAUUUAACUUAUUCAUCUCAAAUCGAUGAUAAUGAACGUCCAACAGCAAUUGAAAAUGCUACUCAUGAAAUUCCUCCACCAGCACCAACAGAUAUUGAACCAACUAAUAAUGAAAUAGAAUCUACAACAACAGAUAAUUCAUCUUCAGAAUCAAUCUUACCAAUAAUAGUUCCGUCAUUUGAUGAAUUAUCAUCAAGAGUUAUUAAUGUAAAUGAAACAUCAACAACAACAACAACAACAGUUGAAAGUGAACAACAAUCACAAGAAAUAAAUAAUUCACCAUCAGAAAUAGAAACACAAACAUCAACAAAUAAUAAUGAAUAUAUUAAUCCAAGAGGUAUUAGAUUUACAGCAUCAACGACAACCCCAACUACUAGUGGACCAGUAAAAGAACCAUUAUCACCUUAUGGUUGGCCUUGUGUUCGUGGUUUAUUUCGUUUUUUAACAACUCUUAUUAAUAAUUAUGACAAAAAUAAUAGUGAAUAUAUGAUGACAGUUGGUCUUAAUCUUUUAACAGUUGCAUUAGAAGUUGGUGCAGAUCAUAUUGCUAAUUAUCCAUUAUUACUUUCAAUCGUUAAAGAUUCAUUAUGUCGAAAUUUAUUAAGCAUGUUAAGUUGUAAUCGUAUACAAUUAUUUUCUGCUUCACUUCGGGUUUCAUUUCUUAUUUUUGAAAGUUUAAGAACACAUCUUAAAUAUCAAUUUGAAUUUUUUGUAACACGUUUAAUGGAAUUAAUUGUUUCUGAACAAUCGAAAAUAACUUAUGAACAAAAAGAAAUAGCACUUGAAACAAUUGUUCAACUUCUUCGUAUACCGGGUUUAUCAGCUGAAUUAUUUUUAAAUUAUGAUUGUGAUUUAUAUUUAUCAAAUUUAUUUGAAGAAUUAACUAAAAUGUUAUCAAAAAAUGCAUUUCCUGUUUCUGGUUUAACAUCUACACAUAUACUUUCACUUGAUGCACUUCUUUCUGUUAUUGAUCAUAUUGAACUUGAAUGUCAAUAUCAAGUACAAAGACAAAAAAGUGAUUCAACAAGUCAAUCAUUAACACGACCAGUUUCAUCUGGAUAUGCUCUUGCACUUUCAUUACAAAAUACUGAUACAAAUCGUACAGGAAUUCCACGAGAAUCUCGUCAUGGACCAAAAAUUCGACAAAAUCGUCAAGCUAUAUCGAUAAAUUUACCAUCACAAGAUGAUAUUAAAAAAAUAAAACAUGACAAAAAGAUAAUAAAACAAGGUUCAGAAUUGUUUAAUCAAAAUCCAUCAUUAGGCAUAAAUUUUCUUCAAGAAAAUCGAAUAUUUACAAAUCCUUUAGAACUAAAUGAAAUAGUCAAAUUUCUUAAAGAUAAUCCAAUGUUAGAUAAAAAAAUUAUUGGAGAAUAUUUAUCUAAUAGAAAAAAUAUUGCUAUAUUAGAACAAUAUGUCACGACAUUUCAUUUUGAUGAUAUGCGUAUUGAUGAGGCACUUCGAAUUUAUUUAUCAGAAUUUCGUCUACCUGGUGAAGCACCUUUGAUAAGUACACUACUCGAACAUUUUGCAGCACAUUGGAGAAAAUGUAAUAAUUUUCAACUUGCAAAUAAUGAUGCUGCAUUUGGUCUAGCAUACGCUUGUAUUAUGCUAAAUACUGAUCAACAUAACACAAAUGUUCGUCGUCAAAGUUCUCCAAUGACAUGUGAAGAUUUUAAACGAAAUCUUUCAAAAAUGAAUAAUAAAGAAAAUUUUGAUGAACGAAUGUUAACAGAAAUUUAUAACGCAAUAAAAUCUGAUGAAAUCGUUAUGCCAACAGAACAUACAGGUCAUGUUCGUGAAUCAUAUUUAUGGAAAUUAAUGCUUAAAAGAUCAUCAACAACAGGAGAAAAAUUUCUUCAUGUACCAUCAGGUUCAUAUAAUUACGAUAUAUUUACAUUAGUAUGGGGACAAACAAUGGCUGCACUUUCAUUUGUUUUUGAAAAAUCAAAUUAUGAUUUAGUUAUACAAAAAUCAAUUCAAGGUUUUAGUAAAUGUGCAAGAAUUGCUGCACAUUAUUUUAUGUCUGAUGUUUUUGAUAAUUUGGUUAUUUCAUUAUGUAAAUUUACAACUUUACUCAAUAGUCGAGAAUGGAUUGAAAAUUUACCAAUUCAAUUUGGUUUAAAUCGAAAAGCACGUCUUGCUGCAACAGUUCUUUUUAAUAUUGCACAUGUACAUGGAGAUAUUUUAAGAGAUGGAUGGAAAAAUAUACUUGAAUGUAUUAUUCAUUUAUAUAAAGCUAAUUUAUUACCAUCUGUUCUUGUCGAAGUUGAAGAUUUUCUUGAUCCAACAGGAAGAACGACACUUGUUAAAGAGCAAAUUGCACAAACACAAAAAAGUGAUGUUGGUCUAUUUUCAUCGCUUGCAUUUCUUCUUGGUGGUGGUGGUCCAACAGAUUCUACAUUAUCUUCUGGUAAACAAGUUACAUUUGAAGAACAAGAAGCAAUAAAAAUUGCAACAGCAUGUAUAGAAGAAUGUCAUUUAGAACAAUUAUUACAAGAAACAAAAUUUUUAAUAAUUGAUUCUUUAAAUGAAUUAUUAAAAGCACUUGUAUAUGGUUGUCAAAUAUCUCCUGAUUCUCAAAAAUUUGAUCAAGAUGCUGCUGUUUUUUGUCUUGAAUUACUUGUUAAAGUUGUUUUACAAAAUCGUGAUCGUGUUACAUUAUUUUGGCCAACUGUACGUCAUCAAUUUUAUUCAAUACUUGUUAAUGCAAAUGAAAAAUCAUUUUUUGUUGAACGUACUUGUGUUGGAUUAUUAAGAAUUGCAGCAAGACUUUUAAGACGAGAAGAAUUAGCUUCUGAAAUUCUUGCAUCACUUCGUAUAUUACUUUUAAUGAAACCACAUGUAAUACAUUCAUUAUCAUCUGAAAUAGCAUUUGGUUUGCAUGAACUUCUUCGAACAAAUGCAGCAAAUAUUCAUAAAUCUGAUGAUUGGUUUACAUUAUUUUCUUUGCUUGAAGUUGUUGGUGCUGCUGCACAUCCACCACCUGUAUUACAAGCAAUAACACAAAAUCUAUCAAAUGAUAAACAUUUUCAUCCGAGUCGAUCAACAACAAAUAUUGAAUCCGAUAGUGAAUGUUCAGAUUGUGUUAGCACAAAUACAGUUGAUAAAGGUUAUACAAGUGAUACAGAGAUUUAUCAUCGAUCAGAUUAUAUUGUUGUAUCACAUGAUGAUUUAGAAACAAUACGAACUCAACAAUCAAUGUUAAAUCAAUAUAAAAUAGAUUUAAAUGAAAAAUUAUCUCGACAUGAUCGUCGAGCUUUAAUUAAAUCAUGUGAAACAUUAUCAUUUCUUAUACGUGAUUCUGCACAUGUAACUGAAGAAAAUUUUGAAUAUUGUAUUCAUUGUAUUCGAACAUUUAUUGAAGCAACUGUUACACAAAAAACAAAUCAACAAAAAUCAAAAAUAACAAUAAUUAAUAAAAAUCUUAAACAAAUUCGAAAAGCAACUUCAUCUAAUUCAUUAAAUAAUGAAAAUUUAAAUGAUUUAACAAAUAAUCAAUUAGGACAAACACAAUUUAUUUCUCGACAAUCAAAAUUAGAUUAUGAUGAUGAAGAUGAUCAAGAAGCUAUUAAACAAGAAUAUCAAUCACUUGCUUUACAAUUAUUAGAUUUAAUGCAUACUUUACAUACUAGAGCAUCACAAAUAUAUAAACAUACAACUGUACAACAGACAGAUCAAAAAACUUCCAGUAUUUUAUGGUAUAAAUGUUGGUGUCCUAUUUUACAAGGUAUUGCACGUCUUUGUUGUGAUCCUCGUCGUCCAGUUCGUUCGUCUGCUCUUGGUUAUCUUCAACGAAGUGUUUUAUUACCUGAACUUCAUAUAUUAUCUCCAACUGAAUGGGAAUCUGUAUUUAAUAAAGUAUUAUUUCCUUUGUUACUUAAAUUACUUGAAACAACAAAUAUAACAGAUCAUCUACAUGGAAUUGAAGAAACACGUGUACGUGUAUCACAAUUACUUUGUCGAAUAUUUCUUCAACAUCUUUCACCUUUAUUAACAUUACCAACAUUUACAGCACUUUGGUUAACAAUACUUGAUUUUAUGGAUAAAUAUUUAAAAUCUGAUCAAACAGAUAUGUUGCGUGAAUCUGUUCGUGAAUCAUUAAAAAAUAUGCUUUUAGUUAUGAAUACAACUGGUUUAUUUGAUGGUGAUCAACCUUUAACAGUGAUUACAAAAGAUAGAAUACAUAGUUUUUUACCGGGACUUUGGGAAGAAGUUUUUAAAAUGUCAACAUCAUUACCAACAUUUAUUUCACAUUCUGAAACUAGUAAAAAAUCUAUAACUACUAAUGAAGAAAAUGUUUCAUUGAAUGAAGCAACAGCUUCUUCAUCUAGUGCUUAA